AUGUGGGAAGAGCGCAUUCAGAAGCAGGCGCAGCAUUUCGAUGCCUUUGCCGAGCAAAUCCUAAGAUUCGACACCGACGUCAUUGCGAAUGCCGCCAAGGUUAAGGUCCUGCGAGAAGAGCACGCCCAGCUGAAAGCGCGGCAGGAGUUGUCCGAUCGGUCAAUCCAGCAGAUUUGGGAUCAGCAGGAAUCGCUGGGCCGCCUCCUCGCCAGUCUGACCGAGGCCUUGCGUGCUCAGCCACAGCAGCAGGCCGACGAGGCAGCAGGCAGCGCAGCUGCGCCAGUGCGCAGCCACCAGCGUUCACUGGCCCUGACGAUGCAACUGGAUGAGUUGGAGCGGCAGGCGGAGGAUUUGGCCCGUGAGACUGGAAAGGUGCAGUCCAACCUGUACAAGGAGCCCCUCACUACCGUGGUGCGGGUACUUGAUGCCCAUGCAAGCGCGCUGGACGCCAUCCAAAAUCAGGUGGGUGCCGUCACUCAGCGCAUACACGCCAUCGAGGGAGCCUUGUGA